AUGGCUUCGGAGCCGCAGCCCUUGUUCGCGCCGGAUGCUCAACCCCACUUCACGCACGACCCUCUCCCUGACACGGGGACGUAUUUCCGCCUGCUCGCACUCCAGCCUGGUCAUGGGAGCGAACCACUUCGUGCCAGUUUGGCACCUGUAGCCCUGAACUCCAUCCCACGCUUCGAGGCGCUUUCGUACAUGUGGGGCCCCAGCGAGCCCCAGCGAACCCUUCAUGUCAACAACCAGGAUUUCCUGCUCCGCCCCAACAUCCAUGCCUUCCUCCGGCGCCUCCGACACGCUUCUACGCCCCGAGUGCUGUGGCUCGACGCCGUCUGCAUCGACCAAAACAACAUCCGCGAGCGAGGAGACCAGGUCUCGCUCAUGCGAGACAUCUACACCUCGUGUCAGCAGUGCCUGGUCUGGCUCGGAGAGUCGCUGCCGCGCGGCGACGAGGUUCUCGAGGUCUUUGCUGGGAACCCUGUGGAUGAGCAGGGCAUGACGGACCUCAACAAUCUCAUUCGCUUGCUCUACCGCGAUGACCUGGCUGAGCCUUUCCGGGUGCUUUUGAGCAAUGACUAUUGGUCUCGCGUCUGGAUGAUACAAGAGACGACACUUCCGGCAAAGGUCGUUGUCCAUGUGGGCGGAUCGUCUUGCUUGCUGGAUCAUGUUCCCACUCAGGUGCGUGGGCGUAUGUUUGACUUGUUUCAGGAGAGCCGCGUGCAGUACCAGGAGUGGCUGAGGGUCUUCAGCCAGCCUCAGGGGUGGUGCGAUGAGUUCCCCAUGCCAGCAAGUAUACUGAAGCGCUUGGAGGCCAGCACGGGCGAUGAGGUCUUCCCAACGCUCGUUGGCCAGGACUCUCAAGCAGGCCAGCAUGCGUUCCUCCUAGGCUUCCGCAAAUCCAGAGGGCGAUCCAGAUGGGAACCCGUCGUGGCAGAGCUAGAAGCCAGCAGCCGCAACGACGACGAGCCACGCAUCACUUUCUACAGCAACAUCUCCUUGAGCGUCGUCUCUGGUCUAUCCUUUCCUACAACCAACUUUGACCCGUCCGCCGCAUUCAAAAGCAUCGAAUGUGCCUUCUGGUGCAUCGGCAACACCCAAUCCGAGCAGCUUCUCGAUGAACGCCGCCGCUAUAGCACGAGCAACAAUCGCCAAUUCUCCUCGAAUGACUUCCGCAACUACCUGGAGAACGCUAGUCGCUGGCACUGCACCGACAUACGCGAUCGAGUCUUCGGCUCGUUGGGCGUCUUCGGAGUUUGGCCCCGCGCAUGGCCUUUCAGAGCCGAUUACAACCUCCCGCCUGGGGAUCUGCUCUUGUCAGUCGUGGACUAUUGCCGGCCAACUGAUCCAUUCAAACUGGGCAUUAAGCUGCUGUCGGCUUUGCAGAUAUCGUCGUCUGUUUCGGAGUCUACACCUAGCAGGAAGACCAGAGACGUAACGUUAAUGAGUCGCAUAGCAUGGCCUUUGACGCUCUUCAAUGCAGUCCCACUAUCGAAUUCGGAGGGAGGCCGCUAUAGCGCUGUCAGCAUACGUAGGUCAGAUGUGCCAGCCCCGGCGCAAGGCUUUGUCUACCUGAUUCCUCACGACACUCAACCGCAGGCUUCCGAUAUCAUUGCUUCAUUGGGAGAUGGAAGUGUCGUCAUUGGCAUCCGCGCUUCCCCGUCAGAUGGUGCAGAGCGGUGGUCUUGUGUCGGCAUUGGCUUCGAUGUAGGCUCGACUUUCGAGCACGAUGAUCCGCCGGAGCAACAAGUCGAUUUGCUAAUCGGCAUUGAAGAGGCCACACUGCGCGAACUAUUGCUAGAUUUACCUAGGUUUAGGAUGAGCCAAGCCGGGUCGCAGGACAAGACUGACGAUGGCGUACCUGCCCUGUGGUGGAUCACUUGCCCUUCAAGAUGGUUCUGGUACUUCUGCAGGCGUGAGGAACGCCUUAAAGAGGGAAUUGCCGCGGCUGAUGAUGAUCUCGGUGAUGUUUCGGAGGCGGACGGAAGCAUGUGUGCGGUUGACGGCGGGGGAUUGUCCAGCUUUCAAGGGUCAGGACCCUGA